AUGGCUACUUCACUUACACUCUUGACUCCAAACACUGAUAACCCAACAACAAAACCCAUGGAAGAUGAAGCUAAACCUGCCAUGGAGUUUGUGAAGAGCAACAAAGGAAGGAAACCAAGUGGGAAAGGUCCAUACCAAAAGAAACAGCCUCAAAGAGGCAUGGGAGUGGCCCAACUUGAACGUUUGAGGAAAAUGAGUGAAACAAGGACCCCAACGACAAUAAACCAGUUCGGUUGUGAAGCUAUGGGAGCUAGUAAUGUGCCUGUGCUGCAUGGUGUAGCAAACUACGGUGUUCCCUCCAUGAUGAUCAAUGGUGGAAGUGGAGGGUUAUGGGGUUGGGGGGCUGACACAGAUGGUUUGAUGAUGCAAAGAGUUGUUGGUAAUGGAGGGUUCGGUGGGUUUAAUAGUCAGGUUUUGGUUGGAAAUCCUGGUAAUGUUCAGGUUAGUUGUGCUGCUGCUAGUGUUGUGGAGGCUUCUAAAGAGCUCUCUUCAAUGCCAAAGUUCCAGCAUUGCAAGCCUGAGCAUUGUGAUCUUUGCUUUAAGAAGAAGCGUUGCAAUAUGGAGAAUGGGAAGUUUAAUGGAGGUUUAUUCAACCAAUUUGGACAAACUUUUCCAAACAAAGGAACUGACUUUCACGGAUGGAACCUGGAAAACAAUCAAAACACAAAUGAAGAGAUGAUGAAGGGAUUCCGUGCUAGAGCUGCAAGGAGUGCUUAUGCAUAUGCAGCAGCAGGCCAAAUGAACAUCAAUGAGACAGUGGAUGUUGUGGCGAUUCACAGGAAAGGAAAUUCAUUUGGCACUGGGAGUUAUGUGAUGGAGUAUGAAUUUUUCCCAGGGAAAAAUGGCAGAAACACAGCUUCCAAGGAAUGGGAAUUUCCUGAAGAAGCUUCUUCAUCAGCAAUUACAGUAGGUGGUGAAGCUUCUUAUGCUAAUAAUGCUCCUAAUUGUGUUGAUCUGUCACUCAAGCUUUCAUAUUAGAAGCAUACAGGAAAAUCUUGGUCUUACUGUUACAUUGAUUUUGGAGGUGUAAUUAAUGCUUUUU